CUCCUUUUCUUCCCUUGUGAGUUUCUUUUCUUUGGGAAAAUUUUUCAUCAAAGGAUCCUAAUCUAGUAAUUGAUUGAAGUUUUGCAGAAAAAGAAGCCUAGGAGUAAAGAUCUUGGUGAGAGAAUAAGAAGAUUUGAAGAAUCCCCCUCAUACAAGGUAAGAAAAGUUUAAAGGAAGUAGAAGAACAUAAUUUUUAAGUUGGAUAUGAACUUAGCUCAUGAGAUUAAUGACAUGCAUUGGCAAAAUUAUGUAGGAACUUGGAGUUUAAGGUCUUUGAAGGUGAAAGGAGCUUAGAAAAACAAAUUGAGUGGUAGAUCAAGGAGAUUAAGAUGAGUUCCAGGAAUCAGAGAGGCCAAGGAUCUCGUGGACCCGUUAUGCAGGAACCAGAUACCUAUAGGCCGAGAAACGCUACCUGGGAGGAUGCAAUGUAUAAUGCUAAUCGCGUACUUGGGAGGAAUGCUGAUUGGAAUGCGGUCUAUGGAAGAGGGGAUCACAACCAGUAUUCAAGGUCGGAAAUCCAAGCUUACACCCUGAUUAAGACCUUGCCCGAGUGUGAACCAUGGGAAUCGUUUAGGAGGGCAUAUUGGAGGCUUUUAUACUUGUAUGUAGCAAAUGUGGGGAUAUUGGGAGGAGGAAUAGGUCCCGAAGGGGUACUAAAAGAGGCCAUUAGAUGGAAGGUGUCAGUGGACGAGGUGUUGAGAGAUAUGAGGAAGGUAGAUACCCGGAAUAGGGAAAGGGGAAUGAUUGAAGAUGCUGGGGAGUUCUGGCGGAAAUUCUAUGAGCGGUUGGGAACCCGCGAAGAGGCAAAAGAGACAAGAGUUGUUAGGGAUGAUAAUAGGAGGCAAGCUACCGCAGGUACUUCUAGGAGGACCCCACCUAGUGUGAGUGUAUCCCUUAAUGGUAGUAGUGCAGGGUCGGUUAGCAACGCUAUAUUUGGGAUCCCGACUAUGUACCUGAGGACCCUAGCAUCAGUACCACUGAUAGUGGCUAUUAUUAUGACCCUCUAGACUUGGAUUAGUAGGAGAACGGAAUUAUGGAAUUAAAAGAAGAAAGGAAGCUUCGUGAAAUGGCUAAGGGGAAGAAGAUUAUUAUUAGUCUGCUUUACUUUCUUUGAUUCAGACA